UUUCAAAGAGAGAGAGAGAGAGAGAGAGUGGGGGGGGGAGAGGGGGGGGGAGAGAGAGAGCUCGGACUACCCAGCUGGUCCCAGCAGCCUUAUAAUAGCGAGCUGAAGAUCGCGCAGUUUCAACGCAAGCUGAGCCUCGGACCGGUCGGCUGCCCCCCCCUCGCUGCUCGGUUGGCCGCUCCUCACAUCAGCGCGCAGCCGCCCGGGAGUCAGACGGCCCGGCCUCGCGUCUGCUUUGCGACCACCCGCGCUGGACUCCACCCCGGCUUGUGAUGGUUCCCCGCUCGGGUGACACCCAGCCCUGCCGGAGAUAAAGAAGCUCUUCUCGAAACUUGCGUGAAACUUCUCGAGAGCACAUUCAGGUAGUCAUUCAGGCUUCCGCCCCCCCACUCCUCCCCCCCGGGAUGGCUUUUUUGGUGCCGCUCGCGCUCUUGGCGUGGACCUGCUGCGCGCGCCUCGGAUACUGCGCCCUGCUCCCCGCCGAGGGGGACUUUACGCGCGCGGUGGUGGUGGUGGAGCGGAGGCAGCCGGCGGCGGCUUCCCCGAUUGCUCCCGUCGCGGUAGCGGGGAGCCAGGGGGGGCUGCUGCCCCAGGACACGGUGACCGAGCACAUGCACAUGCUGUACGACAAGUACAACAAGGCGGGAUUCCCCUUCGAGGACGGCAACACGGUGCGCAGCUUCAAAGCGCACUGGGGCGUGAUCAACAAGAAGCAGCUUCAGAUCUUCAACCUGACGUCACUCACCAAGUCCGAAGACGUCCUCUCUGCCGCGUUGCACUACUACAUCGGGGACCUCCGCAACGGCAGCGGGUACUGGACUCGACCCCAAGGCCGCGUCCUUCACGGCCCCCGCAGGCGCAGCCACAUCCAGGCCGUCAUCUGGAGCUUCGCCCCCGAGGCGGACCGGAUGAGGACUCUGGGCCAGUUCCGCAUCAAUGUGUCCACGCACUACCAAGACUUUAUCUCCUGGCAGUGGAAGGACAUCACCCGGGUUGUCAACCAGGCCAAGGCGCACCAGCAGCUCCUCAUCGGCAUCGAGGUGACCUCGGGCGGACCCCGGCCCUGGAAGGAACUCUUGGCCGACCGCUCCCCUUACAUCCUGGUGUACGCCAACGACUCUGCAAUCUCGGAGCCCGAGAGCGUGGUGGCGACCCUCAGGAGGAACCCCUCGGCAGGGGACCCCAAGGCGGGGCAACGUGGGCGGAACGGGACGGAACCGCAGCGGAGUUCUUCCAGAUCCAAGCGCUCCGUCAACCUCCCGCUCCCCCUGCAGAACAACGAGCUCCCCGGACCCGAGUACCCCUACGAGACCACCGGUUGGGACGAGUCCAGUCCCUACGAGCCCUUCCGGAGCAAGCAGGCCCGCCGGCCGCUUCGGAAAAAGAGCCGCAAGAACCCGAGGCACAAGAUGCCUCUGCUGCAGUUUGACGAGCAUACCAUCAAGAAGGCCCGGAAGAAGCAGUGGAACGAGCCCCGCAACUGCGCACGGCGCUACCUCAAAGUGGACUUUGCCGACAUCGGCUGGAGCGAGUGGAUUAUUUCGCCAAAGUCUUUUGACGCCUACUACUGCGCCGGAUCCUGCCAGUUCCCCAUGCCUAAGGCCCUGAAGCCUUCCAACCACGCCACGAUCCAGAGCAUCGUGCGGGCGGUGGGCGUGGUGCCCGGCAUCCCGGAGCCGUGCUGCGUCCCAGAGAAGAUGUCCUCCCUCAGCAUCCUCUUCUUUGACGAGGACAAAAACGUGGUGCUCAAAGUCUACCCCAACAUGACGGUGGAUUCGUGCGCGUGCCGAUAGUUCCCUUGGUGCACCGCCCCUUUUCACCACGGAAGCAAGUCCCGGAAAGAUUCUUUCCUCUCCCGUUUCUUUUUGAAAUGCCUCACAUCAACAAAGGACCCGACUGACUGGGCACUGCGAGGUGGUGCGCAAUGCGGUUCCGGGUGAUCGGGGUGCGGCGGCAGGAAACGACGGCGUUUCAAGGAAGGCGACGGCCACAGGAUGGAGGAACACUGAAGGGUGAAUCCAUCGGACAGGGUGCACCUCUUCCCAUCGGCCGUGUCCGUCUUACCCCAAAGUUUAAAACCACAAACUUUUUGAUUAUGCAACAAUGAUUGAGUGGACCUGAAAUAACAAUUUUUAUCCUUUGCACCUCCAGGGGUACGCAUCCCACGGUGAACCCCGUUUUGGUGUACGUUUCCCAUUCACGCUACGUUAUUUUAUUGCGUCAUUUUGCCGAUUCGAACGCUGACACAGACCGAUGGCCCGAAAGGGGUGCGCCUCACCAUAUCAGCUGUCAACGUUUGAAGCCGCAAACGCCAAUCCGGCUGUAAAGUUUUCAAACGACGCACCAGAUUCAGAGUUGGUGUAUCAUGCUCAAGUAGAAUUCAAAUAUUUCCAUUCUUUUAAACGCACACACCCCUUUCCUUGACAUACUUCCUACAUACCCGCAUAAUCUUAAAAAAGCUCAAAACAAGGCCAAUAUCAAGGCAAUCCAGUGGAAUUCAAACGUGGCUUUUAAAAGAUACCCGCCCCGGAUGUGCGAGCACCUCUGUUUUCGCCACGUCAGCAAGUAUGUACCAUUCAUUGUUACAUAACUUUAUCGCUCAAUUUCAUCGUUUCAAAAACUGAAAACAAGACCUGCGGUCCCCUUUGGCCACUGCACUCCCCUCCUCCCAAACAUCGGAGAGAAAAUGUUUGUCGUGGGCGCACCACUGUUUGCUCGAUGUAAGAGUUCGGAACCGGUUGAUUCAAUAUAGGAAUGUAUUUCACUCUGAUCGGGAU